UCAACACUGGCAGUCCUGGCGGCAACACGGGAUGGCUAUCAGUAUCAACAUGUCACCCCUUCCGAUCCUUAUUUUUAGAACAGUGCUCUAUGUUUUGAACGUAAUAUGUAGCUUUAUAAUAUUUUCAGCACUUGCAGUAAGCAUGAUUAAACACGACAACAAAUGCUUGCUGUACUCGAUAGAGAGCAUGUCGCAGGGUUCGAAGUUGUCGUGUAACUACAGCAUCAUCAUCGCAGUGAUGUUCUGCCUGCUGUAUCCCAUCACAAUCAUCAUCAUCACCUUCAUCAGUGUCCGAAAGAAUGGAAUAGCACACUUCGCAGGGUUCCCCUCCCGGUUACAGGUCGUCACCGAUGGUGUUGCAUUUGUCCUAGUCCUGGGGUCUGCCUGCUCCAUCAGUAUUGGCCUAAAGAAGUUUUGUAACAGCCUCCUGGGUGACUCAGAUGAGCUGUGUUCCGCUGCGUCAAUCAUUGCAGCUAAUAUAUCAGAAGAUAAAGAUUUCUACCAGAAUCUAUCAGCAGCAGAGAGAGGAGCGUGGACAGCGGUCAUCGCGUGGUCGCUCCAGCUGAUCGGGGGGCUGCUCGUGCUGUGGAGGAAUGGCCGCCUGUGCUGUCGUUCGGAUACAACAUCGUCACAAGAGGCACUUCGCUCGCCUUCCCAAGAAGUUCCUGAAAGAUUCUAGAUGACUGCAAGUGUUUGAUAGCAGUAUCAAGCAUCCCAUGAACCCGACACCCAUUACUCUCUGAAGUACAAGACAUGUUGGCCACACAUCUUUUGAAAACAGUUUUGGUGUCGAAUCUCAUCUUUGGUUUACAUUUUAAGUUUUUUCUCUACUUCUUUCCGUCCAUAAAUGGUGGCAGAAUCUUUUAGAACAGAGUAAAUAUUAUUCACACAAAUAACCUCCCCUUCUAACUAGCAGGAUUCGCUGUAUAUUUAACACCAUUGCCAACUCUGUGAGGAUUUCCAUUAUGGUUUUACUAAUCCACCAUAAUUUAAAUGGAGAAUAAACAACCCAUGUUCCUCUUCCCCAUUAUCUAUGAUUAAGGAAAUGACAUUGAUAAAGGUAGCCUAGCGGUUAAAGCGAUCGCUCGUCAUGCUGAAAACCCGGGUUCCAUUCCUCACAUGGGU